AUGGUGAAAUUGCUGCCGGCCCAGGAGGCAGCCAAGAUCUACCAUACCAACUAUGUGCGGAACUCGCGGGCCGUGGGCGUGAUGUGGGGUACACUCACCAUCUGCUUCUCCGUGCUGGUCAUGGCCCUCUUCAUCCAGCCCUACUGGAUCGGCGACAGCGUCAACACACCCCAGGCAGGCUACUUCGGCCUUUUCUCCUACUGCGUGGGUAACGUGCUAUCCUCGGAGCUCAUCUGCAAGGGCGGUCCCCUAGACUUCUCCUCCAUCCCCUCUAGAGCCUUCAAGACUGCCAUGUUCUUUGUGGCCUUGGGCAUGUUCCUCAUCAUUGGCUCCAUCAUCUGCUUCAGCCUGUUCUUCAUCUGCAACACGGCCACUGUCUACAAGAUCUGUGCAUGGAUGCAGCUGGCUGCGGCCACAGGUCUAAUGAUUGGCUGCCUGGUCUACCCUGACGGUUGGGACUCAAGUGAGGUACGGCGCAUGUGUGGGGAGCAGACGGGCAAGUACACGCUGGGUCACUGCACCAUCCGCUGGGCCUUCAUGCUGGCCAUCCUCAGCAUUGGCGAUGCCCUCAUCCUCUCCUUCCUGGCCUUCGUGUUGGGCUACCGGCAGGACAAGCUCCUCCCUGAUGACUACAAGGCAGAUGGAACUGCUGUCUUCACAUUAGCCCUUGGACUGGAAGAAGCAGCCAAACUCCUCUGUCCACUAUAA